AUGUAUGGGAGCAAAUGUUUUGUUAAGGUUUUAGAUAACAAUGGCAGGAUUAAGAGCAGGAUUGAACGUGGAUUAGAUCAGGAUUAUGUCGACUCCAUCAACAGUUUCUGGACAGUCAUUCUAUUGGCCGUGUGUUCUGUGGGAUCAUUCGCCGUGCGUUACAUCACUACACCCAUCAGUUGUUGGUGCCCUGCUCAAUUCACACAGUCUCAGUACUCGUACACGCAGGAAACGUGUUUUGUGAAGGGCUUGUAUGCUCAGAAGUCAAUAUCUAAUAAUUAUGACGACGAAGAACCAGCCACUAUCCCCUCCUACCACCUCUGGAUACCACUCAUACUCUUCUUCCAAGCCCUGGCUUUCAAACUACCCAACAUCAUCUGGAACAGCAGCAAGCACUUGUUUACUUUCAAUAUGGAGGAAACUGUGGAGUCCCUGAAAAGUGUACAACUGAACAAUGUUGACAAUCGCCAGGUCAUGUUCAGUAAUGCAGCCCGAGUAUUUGGGAGUCUGCUUAAAAGACAUCGAAUCGUUCUGGCUCUUCUGUACCUGUUUGUGAAGCUUCUCUUCUGUGUCAAUCUAAUAGCAACGUUGAUUUUUCUCACAACAUACUUCAGACAAUACCGGGCAAUCAGGUAUGGAACCUAUGUUGGUUUUGAUAUGGACUCCAUCAUAAACCCGUUGCUUGUAAAAGAUUGUUAUUGCAAAUUUGAAAUUAACUGGAUGAAGACAUCUCACAGAUACACAGUUAAGUGUACUCUGCCAAUCAUCGAAAUCUAUGAGAAGUUGUUCACGUUCUUGUGGUACUGGGUCUUCCUCAUGGCUGUCAUCACCAUCCUUAACCUUGUCCUGUGGGAAGGCUAUCUGAUGGAGGACUUGUCUUGUCCAUGA